AUGACUCAGAAGUUGAUGAAGUUUCGACAUCCGGACAAGACAACAAAUUGCAUCCGGAGGCACUCAGAACCUUUAUCUGAUAAAGAAAUUGAGGAGCUUAUUGCUGAGUUUUUGGAGGUUGAGAGUAAGGCUGCGGAAGCUCAAGAAGCACUUGAAAAAGAGUCACUCGUCAAAGUGGAGAGUGAAGUUAGAGAGGAGUUGGCACAAACUCUUCAUGGGGAUGAUCUGGAAACAGCUGUUGCAGAUGAAAUGACUAUUUUAAUGGAAGAGUGGCAAACUGAGCUUGAUGACCUUGAGACUGAGAGUGCUCAUUUGUUGGAACAACUUGAUGGGGCUGGCAUUGAGCUACCAAGCCUUUAUAAGUGCAUUGAAAGUCAGGCUCCUAAUGGUUGCUGCACUGAAGCUUGGAAAAGACGGAUACACUGGGUAGGAUCUCAAGUGACUGGAGAAUUUACUGAGUCAAGGACCGAUGCAGAGAAGUAUCUCCAAGCCCACAGACCUGUAAGAAGGCGACAUGGUAAACUAUUGGAAGAUGGCGCUAGUGGAUUUCUGCAGAAAAAGCUAACCAUAGAUGGAAACAAGGAUGCUGUGACUGCUGAGGUUGAUUGGUGUUCUCUCAACAAACUAUUUUCUGAUGGUGCAACUGGGGAUGGUGCUUCAUUUGGCAGUAAGCACUGGGCUUCUGUUUACUUGGCCAGUACGCCACAACAAGCUGCUGAGAUGGGACUCAAAUUCCCUGGUGUGAAUGAGGUGGAGGAGAUUGAUGAUAUUGAUGGCAAUUCUAGUGAUCCAUUUGUUGCAGCUGCCAUUGCAAAUGAAAGAGAACUGGAUCUGUCUGAAGAACAAAAGAAAAAUUAUAGGAAGGUCAAAGAAGAGGAUGAUGCAUAUGUUGAUCGGAAGCUUCAAAUUCAUUUGAAACAGAAGAGACAUCAAAAGAGACGUAAACAGGAUGUUGGCAGGAAGGAAGUUUUCCCAGUUGAUCGGGUGAUAGAAAGCAACAUGGCCCAGUCUCCGUCUAUGCUAGACUCUGCUACCUGUAUCUCAAAUGGGAAAAUUGAUGAACAUGGUGAAAUUUUUUCUAACAAUGAUGAUGAGAUAGGAUGCCAAAAUAUGAAGUCUGCCGUGCUUGAAGAUUUGGAAACCUCUAAUAAUGUCGACCAAGAAAGCAUAACGAGUAAUGGUUCUUCUCCGGUGCCUGAUUCUAGUGAAUCAAGAGGCUCCAAGCGUCUGAAUGAGGAUGAGGAACUAAACCUUGAUAAUAAGAGGGGUCGAACUGUUAUAAUAGAUAGCGAUGAUGAUGCUCCACUGAAAGAUAUUUCAGACUGCAAUUUGAUAAAAUCUGAGGACCAGUCCAAUGUGGAUGUGAGUAUCUGCAUAUCUGCCACUGGUGGUCUUCCUUCACAUAGUCUGAAUAAGGUCUACUGCACUGCUUGUAAUAAACUUGCUGUCGAAGUGCGCUCGCAUCCACUUCUGAAGGUGAUUAUUUGUACAGAUUGCAGAUGCUUAUUGGACGAAAAGAUGCAUGUGAAGGAUCCUGAUUGCUGUGAGUGCUAUUGUGGGUGGUGUGGGCAAAGCGAGGACCUUGUAAGUUGUAAAUCUUGCAAGACAUUGUUUUGUACGACUUGUAUAAAAAGGAAUAUUGGAGAGGAAUGCUUAUCCGAGGCCCAGACCUGUGGCUGGCGAUGUUGUUUCUGUUGCCCAAGUCUUAUACAGACAUUGAUGUUACAAUUAGAGAAAGCAAUAGGUUCUGGAGAUAUGGUAGUUUCUAGCUCUGAUAGUGAUUCAGAUAAUUCAGAUGCAGAACUAGAUGUUGCUAUCAGUUCUAAGAGGAAGAGAAAGAAGAGAAUUCGGAGGAUCAUUGAUGAUACUGAAUUAGGAGAAGAGACCAAAAGAAAAAUUGCAAUUGAAAAGGAACGUCAGGAACGCUUAAAGUCUUUGCAAGUACAAUUUUCUGCCAAAUCUAAGAUGAAGAGCUCUGCAAGCUGUAAUGGGAAUUUACCCGAAGGAGCCAGUGCUGAAGUGCUGGGUGAUGCAUCAGCUGGAUAUAUAGUGAAUGUUGUAAGAGAGAAAGGUGAAGAAGCAGUCAGGAUCCCUCCAAGCAUCUCAGCGAAACUGAAGACACAUCAGAUUACGGGGGUAAGAUUUAUGUGGGAGAAUAUCAUACAGUCAGUCAGAAAAGUGAAGGCGGGGGAUAAAGGUCUUGGAUGCAUUCUAGCUCACAUGAUGGGCCUUGGUAAAACUUUUCAGGUCAUAGCUUUUCUGUACACUGCAAUGAGAAGUAUUGAUUUGGGAUUGAAAACUGCACUUAUAGUCACUCCUGUGAAUGUGCUACAUAACUGGCGGCAGGAGUUCAUGAAAUGGAGACCUUCAGAGCUAAAGCCUCUUCGCGUUUUCAUGCUAGAAGAUGUGUCAAGGGAAAGAAGAGCAGAGGUUCUUGCAAAGUGGAGAGCUAAGGGUGGUGUUUUUUUAAUUGGCUACUCUGCUUUUAGGAACCUAUCCCUUGGAAAGCAUGUGAAGGAUCGACACAUGGCUCGAGAAAUUUGUCAUGCCUUGCAGGAUGGACCUGAUAUACUUGUUUGUGAUGAGGCCCAUGUUAUAAAGAAUACCAGGGCUGAUGUAACCCAAGCCUUGAAACAAGUGAAAUGCCAAAGAAGGAUAGCAUUAACUGGAUCACCUCUCCAGAACAAUCUCAUGGAAUAUAUUGUCUUCCAGAAUCCCAUAGAGAAUGGCCAACAUACUAAUUCAACCGUGGAUGAUGUGAAAAUCAUGAAUCAAAGGUCUCAUAUUCUGUAUGAACAAUUGAAAGGAUUUGUUCAGAGAAUGGACAUGAAUGUGGCAAAGAAGGACUUGCCACCAAAAACUGUUUUUGUAAUAGCUGUUAAGCUCUCUCCCUUACAGAGGAAAUUAUACAAGAGAUUUCUUGAUGUGCAUGGAUUUGCUAAUGACAAGGUUUACAAUGAAAAGAUAAGGAAGAGAAGUUUUUUUGCUGGCUACCAGGCCUUAGCUCAGAUAUGGAACCACCCGGGGAUCUUGCAACUAAGAAAAGAUGACAAAGACUAUGUGAGACGCGAAGAUGCUAUUGAGAAUUUUCUUGCGGAUGACAGCUCUAGUGAUGAAAACAUUGACGAUAGUUUGGUUUUUGGAGAGAAGCAGAGGAAGAUCAGUGAUAUUUUGCCCGGGAAAAAGGAUGAUGACAUUUUUCAACAGGAUUGGUGGAAUGAUCUUAUUCAUGAGAAUAAUUAUAAAGAGCUUGAUUACAGUGGCAAAAUGGUAUUGCUGCUUGACGUUCUCGCCAUGUGUUCUGAUGUGGGCGAUAAGGCGUUGGUGUUUAGCCAGAGCAUACCAACACUUGACCUCAUAGAACUUUACCUUUCAAGACUACCUCGACAUGGGAAGAAAUGGAAGUUUUGGAAGAAAGGAAAAGAUUGGUACAGGCUAGAUGGAAGAACAGAGAGCUCAGAAAGGCAAAAGUUGGUUGAGCGCUUUAAUGAUCCCCUAAAUAAGAGGGUGAAAUGCACUCUGAUUUCCACCAGAGCUGGAUCUUUGGGGAUAAAUCUCCAUGCUGCUAAUCGUGUAAUCAUAGUUGAUGGUUCUUGGAAUCCGACAUACGAUCUUCAGGCUAUAUACCGUGCUUGGAGGUAUGGCCAAACAAAGCCGGUUUUCGCUUACAGACUGAUGGCACAUGGAACCAUGGAAGAAAAAAUUUAUAAGCGUCAGGUAACGAAGGAGGGCCUGGCUGCAAGGGUUGUUGAUAGACAACAGAACCAUGAGCUUGGCCAAGAUAAAGGAUGCUCGGACCAAAAUAUGACUGGUGAAGUUGAAAUUUUGCCUAAACACAAAGUGCCUCUUUCUCAAGGAAGUUGCUCUUCUGACAAGCUAAUGGAAGGUUUACUUGGCAAGCACUAUCCAAGGUGGAUUGCCAAUUUCCACGAACAUGAGACUCUUUUGCAAGAGAAUGAAGAGGAAAAGCUCUCAAAGGAGGAGCAAGACAUGGCUUGGGAAGUAUAUCGGAGAGCAUUGGAAUGGGAGGAAGUGCAGAGAGUUCCUCUCAAUGAAUCUGCAGUCGACCGAAAGCCAGCUGCACUAAAUGUGGCCUCAUCUGCACCAGAGAUGAGCAGCCUUGCUGAAUCGAAAGCGAAGGAUAUUUCUGUGCAGCGGAAAUGCACUAAUCUUUCACAUUUGCUAACCCUUAGAAGUCAGGGGACAAAAAUUGGUUGCACUACUGUGUGUGGGGAAUGUGGUCGUGAGAUAUGCUGGAAGGAUCUGCAUCGAGAUGGCAGGCUUGCAAGGUGA